AUGUCCCCCAUGCCGUUGCUGGAACGAGGCUCUGACAAUGCGUCCAUUGAUCGGAGUGUGCAGAACUGGAACUACGCCUGCCAGUCAUUAUGUAUCAUUGGCAUGAUGGUCUUCUUCGGUCUGCGUGUUUAUACUCGGUUGUUCAUUCUCAGUGGAUUCGGGAAGCAGGAUUGGAUAUGCACAGCUGCCUGGUUCCUCGGCAUCUGUUACUCAAUCAUUGCACUCCUCAUGGGUCAUUACGGAGGAGGCUUACACUGGACGGAUGUCCCCGAGGAGAACAAGAUUCCUUUCCAAAAGACUAUAUACGCAACAAUGGUCAUGUAUGGACCAACAGCCUAUCUCACAAAAUUGUGUCUCCUCUGGAUCAUGAUUCGUGUAUUCAGUCCCUUCCGGAAAUGCGUCAUGUUUAUUAAGGUCUUUAUGGGAAUCAUGUUGGCCUACUACAUCCCGGCUGUCAGCGUCAAAAUCCGAAUCUGCAACCCCAUCGCCAAAUUCUGGGACCAGAGUAUUGACGGCACAUGUUUCGACCAAACAUCGAUCAUUUUGGCUGAUGUCGUCGUCAGUGUGGUCAGUGAUUUGAUCAUUCUCAUCUUGCCAUUACCAUUAACUUUGACUCUGCAAAUUUCUACAAAGAGAAAGAUGCGGGUUAUGGGUAUUUUGGGAGCGGGCGGCCUGGCUGUUGCAGCCAGUAUCAUCCGGUUGGCACUUAUUGUCGUUACCGGACAGUCGAAGGAUCUUUCUCGUACGUUUAUGAGAAUCAAUAUGCUAGGUAAUGCGGAAGUCUCCAUCGGCGUUAUCUGUACCUGUCUCCCUUCUCUCUCGGCUCUCAUAAUUCGAAUCUACCACGAAUAUUCCAGCAACAAAGUAACGCUCGAGUCCGACUACAAAAUGAGCGCGAUACGAAACCGGGGUACAAUGGAUCGAAGCAAGAAUCAAAUGAGUGCUGUAACGACAGGCUCGGACGAGGAGGUACUCAUGCACAAUGCACAGGCAAAUCCGAAGUUCGAGACAAUCAUCCACGGCAAUAGUGAGAAAGGAGGUCCGCCGAAAUCGACAUUCAGUGGCAUAGGAGUGACCCGAUCUGUUGAUGUGUCAACCUCCGUGGAGCCUCGGUGA